GACCUUUUAGAGCAGAGCAAGGAAAGAGAGAGGGGUGGCUUGGCCCCUUUCCCUGUUUGUGGGGCUGGACUGAACCAGAUGGAAAAUGGUCUCUAUAAAAGGCUCACAAGGAUCUACACACAGCAGGUAGCAAUCGAAGAACUGAGGCAGGGGUGAAAACCCUGCAAGUCAACAAGACACUCUGGACAAGGAAAGGUGCAAGUGCUCCAGCUCUGCCGUGGCAGCCAUGAAGCUCGUCCCCGGUGACAUUGCGAAACGACUGGAAGAGAUGGUGCUCCUGACAGCCCAGAACCUACCUCAGGUGGAGGUGGCUAGUAGUUAUACCAUCCUCCGUGAACUGGGCAGUGGUUCGUAUGGGCAUGUGCUAAUGGCAGUCCACCAACUCCAAGGAACUCCCAUGGCUCUGAAAUUUGUACACAAGAAGGAUACCGAAUUGCAGGAUUUCUUGAGCGAAUACUGCAUCGCACUGACUUUGGGGGCCCAUCCUUGCAUUGCCACGGCCCUGGGAAUUGCCUUUCAAACCCCAAAACAUUAUGUCUUUGCACAAGAAUUGGCUUUAUCCAGGGACCUCUUCUCUCUCAUGGUACCACAGGUUGGUAUACCUGAGCAGCGGGUGAAGCGCUGUGUCCUCCAGCUUGCCAGUGCCCUGGAGUACAUGGAAACCAAAGGGCUGGUUCACCGUGAUGUCAAGCCAGAGAACGUGUUGCUGUGUGACCCUGAAUGCCGACGCAUCAAAUUGACAGACUUUGGGCUAAGCUGCCCACGAGGCCGGGCCAUUGAAGCCUUGCCCGAGAGCCUGCCCUACACAGCACCUGAGUUGUGUGUUCUCGGUCCUAAAGCCCGCAUGGAGGCCCAACCCAGCCUUGAUACUUGGGCGCUGGGAGUGUUGCUCUUCUGCGUGUUAACUGGCUACUUCCCCUGGCUCACAGCUAUCCCUGCCGACCGACAUUACCGCAGCUUUGUCAGCUGGCAUCGCAGCCCUCGCUUUGCCCCACAGCCACCCCAUUGGGAGCGCUUCACCCCUGAGGCAUUAGAGAUGCUGCAGGGUCUGCUGAGACCCAACCCAGCUCACCGUAGUCAUGCCAAAGAGGUCAUGAAUUACAUCAAAUUACCAUGGUUGGUGCCAGAGGUCCAGAGCUGUGCCUGGUCCAGCAGGGAACUUCUUGGUACCAGUCGGCGGUGCUAAAGACCCAGGCUAGUCAAAUGGAAAAGGGUGAAGAUG